AUGUCCGAAAAGAUCGAGGAGGGCGGUGCACCUCUUGCCUCUCAAGACCAAGUCCAAGAACAACAUGGAGAUAAACUAGAGCUCAGCCAUAUUCGCAAGCUGAGCAUACUGCUUGUGAUGAAUACGGUUUCUCUUGUCCAGUCAUUCGAUGCGACUUGCAUCUGCGUUGUCCUUCCUAUCCAGUCACUCGCAAGAGAACUGAAAGCAUCCUUUUCCGAAAGCCUGAGUAUGGGCUCCGUGUUCCUGUUGGCGACAGCUAUAGCCCAGCCUAUCUUUGCCGAAAUCGCACAUGUUGUCGGCAGAAGGCCAGCGUACAUGGCAGGCCUCGUCAUCUUCAUCACUGGAACGGUUCUCUGCGGCACUGCAAAAAGCAGCAUAAUGCUUCUUGCAGGUCGAGCUGUACAAGGAAUAGGAUCAGGAGGACCUCAGGCAUUGUCGGGUAUAAUUCACGCCGAUAUGUUCGCGAUCCGUGAGCGUUCGCGAUGGAUGUCGUAUCAGCAUGUCUCUUGGGCCCUUGGAACUAUUGCUGGACCCCUCAUUGGAGGAGCUGUUGUUCAGAACAAAGACUCCCAAUGGAGAUGGAUCUUUUGGUGUACCCUUCCAUUGCUUGGAAGUAGCCUGAUAGGAGCCAUGUUUCUCCUAGGAUAUGACAAAGGGAAGCGGAACCUGCGUCUUAUCAAGAACCUCGACUGGGUAGGGGUUCUCUUAUAUAUCAUCGCCAGUGUCAGUCUUUUACUCCCUUUGACUUGGGGUGGUUCACGCUUCCCCUGGAAGUCAGCGGCGGUAGUCGUUCCUCUAAUCGUUUCGUUCCUCGCCUUCCUAGGGCUGGGAUUCUAUGAAAAGAAGACAAAAAAGCCUAUGUUUCGAAAGAGCUUGUUCCGACAUCGAUCGACAGUCCUUCAGUUUGCCAGUGCGACUAUCCACGGCAUUCUCAUGUGGAUGGUCCUAUAUUAUCUUGCCGUCUACUUUCUUGGCAUCAAAGGCCAGUCACCGCUUAUGGCUGGUGUAUGGGCACUUCCGGCUACUAUCACUGUUGCUCCUAUGGCGGCUGUAGUAGGGAUUGUGGCGUACAGGACAGGACGAUACAUGGGCUUCUUGCUUGGUGGUUGGGCUCUUAUGGUCACCAUGUUUGGAGUUAUGACAAUUCUUAACAAGGACACCCCAACGUGGGUGAUCUUGAUCAUGACCUUAUUCCUGGGCAUCGCAAUAGGCCUGCUUAUUCCAGUCAUGAAUAUUGGUGUCCAAGCCACAGUCGAAGAGCGGGAUGCUGGGCAUGCAACCAGCAUGAUCUAUCUGCUUCGAACGAUGGGCCAAUGCAUGGGAAUAGCCAUUGGUAUCGCGGUCUUCUCCGUUCAGCUGGAAAAAGAGCUCGGGAAGCUAGGCCUCGACACAGCUCAGAUCAGCAACGCCUUGAAGAUGAUCAAAGCCUCUGUCGAACAUGGAAGCCUUGGCCAACACAAACACAUGAUGAACGCUGUGGCGAAAGCGCUGCAGUGUCUCUGGAUGACAGGUAGCAUCUUGGCCGGCUUAGCCUUGAUCCUGUGUCUGUUCGCAAGGUGCCCGAAACUUCCAGAGGAUUCGGAUGGCCCAGUCAGUGCAGAGCUGAUGCCGGAAAGUCGUUUCUCGGAUACCGCGAUAGGGCGGGUCUGGCAUUGUUUCUCAGGCAAGAUUCUCCAUAAGGCUACGGAGCAAUCAAACCAGAGCUCCGGUGCUUUAUUCGUCCCGAAAUAG